AUGGCAUCACAACAAUACAAUAACCCAAACAACAAUAUCCACAAAGUCUCUUACACCUGGAAAAUCAAAAACAUUCUCAAUCGUCCAGAGAGACUCAACGAAAAACUAAUUUCUCCAGUGUUCUACUCGAAGACAAGCACGGACAAAAUCUGGAGACUCGAGAUAUUCCCUAAAGGUGAUAACAAGCAAAGUCAGGAUUAUAUUGCUCUCUACCUUGGUAUGAAGUCACUCAAAUCAUCCGAAGAAUACGUCAAUGAAGGUGUCCGGGUUGUCUGCGAAUUUUCGAUAGUCAAUCCAGAGACCAAACAAAAAUGUUUUGAGCUCCAUUUCAAGUACAACUUUCGGGAGAAAAAGUCGUUGUAUGGGUAUCGCUAUUUCAUCUCGAGAGAGAAGUUGUCGAAAGAGGGAACUUUGUUCAUGCCGAAUGGACUGUUGAUAAUCAAUUGUAAACUGACCUGGCAAUCGGUGGAUCUGGACACUCCUGAUGUGGCCGAACUAGAGAGCAUAUCGAUGGCGACUCCUCAUCGGCUGCAAGACGACUUGAAAAAUUUUCUGGGAAGUCCACAGUUUUCUGAUGUGACUCUGAUCGCCGAAGACGAGAGAAUUCCUGCGCACAAGAUGAUUCUAGCUGCGCGCAGUCCUGUGUUUUCUGCGAUGUUCAAGUAUCCGGAGAUGAUGGAAGGUCAGAGGAAUGAAAUGAGAAUCCAGGGGGUGAGUUUGAGAGCUGUCACAGCGAUGUUGCACUAUAUUUAUACGGAUCAAAUACGGGAUGAGGGAUUGAUGAAAGAGCUGUUGGAAGUGGCUGAUAGGUAUCAGUUGGAAGGGUUGAAGAGCGAGUGUGAGAGAGUGCUUGCUGGGCAGAUCAAUCGAGAGAACGCGUUGGAGAUUAUGGGGAUUGCUGAGGUUCACAAUGCUGAGGAGUUGAAGAAACGAGUGAAGAGGUUCAUCAAGCAUGGGGGGAUUGGGUUAAAUGAGAAAGAAGAGGAGAAAGGCGGUUCUGAUUGUGAUGUGGAUCUUGGAGAGACACCGGAAGUUGAGAUGGAGAUUAUAGGGUAG